AUGUCGGCAACAGUGGAUCCCAAUCAGCGUUUUGUCCAGCUCGAGGGCACAAGCCUCAGCCUGUUUGUGACGUCGAUUGCAGGCGGCAUACUGUCGCUACUCGCCGUCGGCGGCAGGACACUGGUUCGACUCAAGGCAAGGACCUUCGGCUGGGACGAUGGUCUGAUGCUCGCCGGUCUGGUCAUUUAUCUAGUCGAUGUCGUUCUCGCCUGCAUAGGGGCCCUGAGCGGCCUUGGAACGCGCAAUGCGAACCUCAACGCCACGAUGAUGGUCGAGUCGAUCAAGUACCUGAUGCUUUGGAUGCUGCUCUACGUGCAGGCACUGUGCCUGGUCAAGACGUCCAUUUGCCUGACUAUUCUGCGGAUCGCGGCCACCAUGCCCAAGCUGCGCAUAGCCUGUUUCGCCCUGCUGGGCCUCACCCUCGCCACCUUUUGCACGACCUUUAUCGGCAUCCUGCUCCUGUGUCGCCCCGUCGCCGCGAACUGGGACCAAAGCAUCAUCAAAGAAGGCCGUGGCGAGUGCUCCCCGAUCAGCGCCAUGCUGGGCUUGUCCUACACGUCGACCGCCAGCACCAUUGCUACGGAUCUCGCUUGUGCUGUGCUUCCGGCUUUCAUCCUCUGGCAGACACAGAUGAAGUUGUCCACGAAGAUUAUGGUCGCCAUUGUCCUUUCUUUCGGUUCCUUUGCUUCCGUCUCAACUAUGAUCCGUACUCCGUACAUCGACUACUACAACCACCCUCUUGACGACCUUGCCUUCCACAUCGGUAACAUCCCUCUCUGGUCCAACGUCGAGACCGCCAUCGGCCUGAUCUGCGGUUCUCUCCCUGCUCUGCGCCAAUACUUUGUCCACCGCGAGUCGCGCAAGGCCACGUCCCGGGACGAGCGCACCGAUCUCUCCCAUGGACUCCACCCGGGAUCUAUGGGGCUUGUCACCAUCGGCGGUUCCGGCGGGGAGAUGAAGAGCAAGGACCGCAAGGGCUUGAAGUCCAAGUUUGACAUCGAGGAUGCCGAGCAGGGCGACUGGACGCGUCUCGACGAGGACACCAACUCAGACAAGGAGAGUACCGUUCCGAUUCGCGGUAUCCGAAGGGACAUCACGUUCGACGUGGAGACGUCCACAAUGCCCGACCAGAGGCCUGCGCCAGGACGGCGCUGA